CUUUUUUCACAUUCAGUAUUAGUGUCGAUUUUUUUCACAUUAUUUUCCAGAAAAUUUCAUGGCAGAACCAACAAUAUUAUGUGCAAGACAAAAAAAAAAUACGGUGCAAGUAGAGUGCAAGUCGAUUGAUCUUCUUCUUUUUCGCUGAAAAUUUCAUCAACACUACUUCUAACUCUAAACAAACCAUCAAUCGAUCUUCUUCUUUUUCGUUGAAGAACGAUUCAGAAAUAAACACCAUCAUCAAUAAACCCAACCAAUCAGACAAAAAAACUCAGAAUAGAAUAAAUGGGUUCAUCAAUCCUACCUGUUGAAGGUUCUACCUGCAACUGUGGUGGUAAAUUGUUUAGUGAGAAAUUCAAAUACCGAUUUUGUAUCAAAAAGAUCACAAUUUCUUCAAUAAUCUUCUUGGGUAAUUCAGUUUAAUUCUUGAUUUUUGUUUUGGGACCAGUAAUUUUAUUAACAUGGGUUCCUUGGGUUUUUGAUUUUAUUGAAUUUUCAUUAACCAUGGUUUUCUGGUGAUGAUUCUACUCUAGUAAAAGUAGCAGUGUCUUUUCUUCAAUAUUUUUAAUUGAAAUUGAGAUUUUUUGGUGAAGUUCUUGAUGAUGUUGUUGAUGAGGAUGACAAGUAGUAGGUUUAGUUGAUAAUGGGAUUUAUGCGAUUGAUAUUGGCUUUUGAUUUUGUUUUGGUUUGGUUUGGUUUGGUUUGUAAGAGAUGAGGAGGGUAGUAUUAAAGAAUAUAACAGACAAUGUGUAGAUUGAUGAUGUAGUCUCAAACCUAGAAUCAACUGCAUCCAAAUUCAACAAUCUAGAGUUUGAGUAGAUUUAUAUAUACUGCCUUUGCAUUAUUGUAGUAGAGAAAGAUCUAGUUAUUUCUUGAAUCAUGUUUGCAUUAUAAUAGUGGAAAAUGUUCUAGUUAUUUCUUGAACCAUUGUGAGGUUUCAAACAUUGUGACUAUUCAUGACCAAACACAUUCACAUCCAUCCAUCUAUAUAAGACUUCUGCGUCAUUCACUAUGUUUUCUAUUUUGGAUUCUCUGUUUAUCCUAACCAAUCUUCAAAUGCAGAACCUUGAACAAGUUAAUAUGGAUAUAAUUGUUGAAGAUCUUUCAACCUUAUUAGAAAGGCUUAGUACCUUGCAAACCCUGUAUCAACUUCAACAAAAUUUGGAUGAUGAGAAUGAAAGGCUUGUGUUGAAAGCUACUUUAGACAAUGUUGUUACACGACUGGUUCAAUCUCACGUAAAGACAGUUUGGGACCGAUCAAGCGCUUCCAUACUAAAUCUCGAAAAACAAAAACAAGAUGGAAUGUUGGCGACCAAACUGUGUUCUCAUUGUGGGAAAAUGAAAAGGUACAAGACCGCAGACACGGAAGUGAUGACUGAACUAAAUGUCAUACAAAGGUUUAAAGCUGCUGGUCAUCCAGGGGAUGUUAAAGUUAUUUCCAAGGAAAGAGAUGAAAUGCGGAGUCAGGGCAUUAAGAGGAAGAAUCAGAUGCAACGGGGAAGAACUAAUCCACCUUUGUUGGCUAGGAAGGUUGAAUCUGAGACUUCGAAGGGUGUGGUUCAUUCUCGACAAAGAGUGCACAAGGAAGAUAGGAAUGCACAAGAUCUUCAUCUUCCUGUGCAGAAACCUGCGGAUAAUGGUGUACACCAUCGCAAAAGCAAAGAUAAACAAAUGCAGGGGCAGAGAAAAACACCCGGUUUAAAAAGAAUGUCAGGCUACCAACACGGACAUUUCCGAAAAGUUGAAGGAGGUUUAUCUACUCAAGUUUUUGGUCCGAAUCUGAGCCGUCGUCAGUCGGCACCAGACGGUUGGAAAAAAAUAGUGCACAUCUUAAACUUGGCAUUGGUGUCUGAAUUCUGGAAGGCGAAACUUGGGUUUAAGAGUAAGCAUGCCCAGUUAAAGGGCCGACGUAAACAUAAAAAUAACAUUUGAGUGUGGCACUAUUCUGUGACCAGGGGUGUUGGACUAUCUUGUCAGCACAUGUUCGUAUAUUCAUAGGUUUUGACAUUAGUGUUCCAAAUUUUCAGAUUUACACCUAAUUCAUUUGAUGUGGUUAUUAUAUGGUAAACCGAUUGUGUUUCGUUUUUUUUGUUUUUAAUUUUUCAUUUGGAGCUCAGGUUGUUGUGGAAACUCUAUUUGUAUGCUGUUACUUGUUGCAGAGUCCGUGUGGUAACAAUUUUUGUUUAAAAUGCUUUGAAUAAGAUGGAAAAAGAAAAUGUGCCAAGUUUGGUAAACAAUCCAAGGAUAAACUCAAUCACACAAGGGGAAGCGCUUCUCUUAUGCUCCAGAAACUGGGUUGCUAUACGGUGGAUGCAGAUUGAGAAAUGUUGGAGAAAAGUUGGGAUUCGGGACUUCAAGAUGUGUAUGUAUCUCUUUGUUCGAUGCGACAUUAAUAAACCUGCUCCGUGGACGAGUGAUGUACACGGAGACUGUCCUAGAUCUCUACCUGUUAUUAAGGAGCUAAACGGGGCAACAGAUAGAAAGGAUGGUCCUUUCUGGGAUUAUGAUUAGUCUAGGCGACAAGGUCCAGACUUCGGUUUAAUAUUCCUUCAACCGAAGUCUUGCCUGCUUCAUGUUACUCUGGUCAGCGAUGCUGGUGAAAGAUUUCAUGAAUUUUCGUUAUGGAUAUGCAUCAAUGCAGCUGAGUGGAGGAGCAAAAGAAGAAUUGGGUGAAAAAGUAUCCGCCUUACUCAGUUGAAUCUGAUAUGGAAAUGUAACUAGAAUUAGGCGAAAAUUUUACUUUUUGAUGGAAUCUUUUAGGCCUUUGUCUUAUAAAAUGUCCAAAAUCUGAAGAAUGAUGAUAAGCCAAAAUUUUAAA